AUGAUGGAUGAUGGGGAUGAUGAUGAUGGGAUGAUGAUGAUGGGGAUGAUGGAGAUGAUGGGGAUGAGGUGGAUGAUGUGUGGAUGGGGGGGUGAUGGGGAUGAAGGGGGUGAUGGGGAUGAUGGAGGUGAUAGGGCUGAUGGGGAUGAUGGAGAUGAUGGUGAUGAAGGGGAUGAUGGGGAUGAUGGUUGUAAUGGGGAUUAUGGAGAUGAUGGAGAUGAUGGAUUUGAUGGGGAUGAUGAUGAUGAUGGAGAUGAUGGAGAUGAUAGGGAUGAUGGGGAUGAAGGGGCUGAUGGAGAUGAUGGAGAUGAUGGGGGUGAUGGGGUGAAGAGGGUGAUGGAGAUGAUGGAGAUGAUGGGGAUGAUUGGGGUGAUGGGGGUGAAGGGGGUGAUGGAGAUGAUGGAGAUUAUGGGGGUGAUGGGGAUUAUGGGGAUGAUUGAGUUGAUGGAGAUGAUGGAGAUGAUAGGGAUGAUGGGGAUGAUGGGGGUGAUGGGAUGA